AUGCCCUCCGUCUUCUGUGACCCGGACCGUUUGGCGGCCGCUUGUGUCCAGAUACGAUCACGCGGACAUAUCAAACGCUUGCUGCUGGCCCUGGCGCCUGAGUGUCAGCGCCUUGCCUUGGAGCGCGUGCCGGAGGACUUCCACGGCUACUUCCAAGCCGAGUUGGCCAAGCCGAGGAUGUGCGUGGGCAUGGACGGCGAGCGAUGCACCUUUGCACGUGGAGGCCCAGUACAGGUGAAGGGCCAGGCCACGCGCUGUCUCUUCUGUCGACCCGAAGAUCUCUGGCCACUUUGCGACGACGACGCGGGCAAGCGAGAGGUCUUGGGCAAGCUGCGUCGCAUGUCAGCAGCCAGCCGUGCCCAUGCUCUGGCCGGUGCAGCGCCCAAGCGCGCAGCUGGGCGGGGUGGCCGGCGCCUGCCGGACAAGCAGCAGCUCCCUGACUUGUGGAAGGGUGCCUUGGCCUCGCGACAAGCAGCUGGAGGCCCGGCAUCAGCGGCGAUGAAGAAGAAAUAUCGGGAGCAGGUGCUGGCAGACAGGGCUCGGGCGCGGCGUCGCAUGGGCCAGCCUGCCAAGCGCACCACUGCUGGCGAGGCCGUGGACAACACCACAGGAUUGCCGCCAGCGAAGCGACGCCGGUUGGCCGAGGACUUCGAGCGCUGGUGCCUUUAUGAUUCUUGGAGCCUGUGCACCAGCUGCGGCCUCCUCGCACCUUACGACCUCACGGAAAACAGCCUUAGCAGGCCACAGCAGCCUACCCAUGCUUCGGGCAAGUGCUCCAGGUGCCAAGCUGCGCGGGCACAGCCGGUUGUGACAAUGGCAGAUGUGCCGGAGCCACUGCGAGGGCUUAGCUCAGAAGCUGCAGAAGCCUUGUCACCUCUGGAGAUCGAUGUGGGGCCGGUCGUUCGCGCCGAGCACAAAUCCGGGUACCGCCAGAAGACAACCUUGAUCCGCUUCCGUUGGCAGCCGAGGGCGGUGAAGAAGCGCGUCAAGCUGUUGCAGGACGCGAACAUGCGGGUGAAGGCCCGUGCCGCCUACGACUUCCUGCUGGCCUCGGACGACACUCCGCACGCGACCUUCGUGGCCGAGCACACCGAGUUCUUGCAGGAUCACCCCGGCGCAGAUGAGCUUACUCGCCGUCGCCGGCUGCAGUUCAUCGAGCGUGUGGGCGUGGAGUGCGCUCUGUGGCCCGUCCUCUUCUGGGAUGUCAAGCACACCUUCACGCACGAGCGUGCCACGGGCCCCAGGCGGGUGAUUCGUCAGAGCCAGGCCCCAACCUUGGAGCAAGUGUUGAACACUGGAAGAAUCCAGGACACCGACGAGGAGGCUGUGGAGGACGCUGGUACCGCCCGACACAGCAUGAAGCGGCUCUUCGCCGCCUUGGCGCUGGGUCGCCUGCUGGGCUAUGCCGCCGACUUCCAGCUGCUGCAGUUUGUCUACGACUUGAACCUCUGGAGCAGCAUCGGCUCCAAGAAGAAUCUGCAGCUGCCGACGCCCAUGCGCCUCAUGCUCAAGGGCGAAGCCUUCAGCCCUCAUUACUGGCGCGGCGUGCGUUAUGCCUUGCUGGACAUGGUGCGGCAAGUCGGCUACCCUCGCAUCUUCUUCACGAUCGCCCCCUACGAGUGGAGCUUCCCCUACCACGAGUGGGUCCGCGACGAGAUGCAGAAGCUGCUCAAGGAGCGCCUGUUCUUGCCGGUCGCUGAGACGCUGCACAUGGUGCACGUCAUGGUCCAGGCAGUGAAAGGCUUGCUGCUGGGGCAUACAGGCGGAUCUGGGAAGCAGCCUUGGAAGAGCAACAUCUUCCGUGUUCUGGACGACCAGGGCCAUGCCCGCCGCCUGCACUUCUUCUUGCGUCUCGAGUAUCAGGACGGGACCCGAAAGGCAGCCACCCAGGACUACCACGGCUCCGGCAGAGUGCACGUGCACGUCGUCAUCUUUGUCAAGCCCGAGGACGUCGAGCAAUUAAACCUGGUGGAGACUGUGUCUGCUACUUUGCCUAAGAGCGGCUGGCCCGUCCACCAAGCAGCGACUUGCUUCGACCGUGAGACAGGCGCGUGGCGCCUUCAGCACACGGAGGACGACCAUGCGGCGGGGAUGCGCCCCUACAUCGUGGACUUGAUGGAGGUGCUCCACUGCCACCAGGACUUCCAGAUGUGCGACGACGACGGCCUGCUCCGUGCCUACGUCACCAAGUACGUCAGCAAGUUCUCGGAUGCGGCCAGUGAGGAGUGGCUGAACGACGACGCGGAGGCCAUGAGCAUCGCCGCCACCGUGCUCAUGCGCUAUCGGCCGCUGGAGCCGGAGAUGGUGCUGCAGCUCUUCGGCGCCAAGUUCCGGCAAUGGCAACUCUCCACGCAGAGCGGUGGCAAGCGCGAUUUGGUGGCGCCCUACCCUGACCAGGACCCGCAGCCGCGCGAGGUGGAGCUGUACCAGCAGGCGGACUGGGCUUGUGGCCGCAUCAGCCUCCUCGACUAUCUACGCAAGACAACGGCCGAAGGGAAGAUCUGCCACUGGCUGCAGAAGAAGCAUGCGCAGUCCGGCAGCGAGGCCACCCUGGAGGAGUUUGCUGCGAGCUACGUGAUGCAGGGCGAGAAAGUCGUGGCCGCCGAGACCGUGUCCAAGUUCAACGACCGCUUCUUCGGUCAGUGGCUCAUGCUUCAUGUUCCCUUC